AGUUUUCAAUAUCACACCUGCUUCUGUACCAGGGACCUGGGUCUACAUUAAUUUUGUACGAGAGAAAAUCCAGCUAACUUAGAUCAAGCCCUGAACUGCCCCCUUUUAAUUUGGGACAGGAUGGAGAGACUGCACGUGACAAUUGACGAGUCUAUCGUAGGGGGACGCAGAGUGUUUGUAUUCGGAGAUGUACAUGGCUGCUAUGAUGAACUGGUUAGCCUACUUGACAGAGCAGAGGAAACUGCACCAGGGAACGUCCUCUACAUUUCCGUUGGUGAUCUCAUCAACCGUGGACCAAUGAGUGCCCAGGUGGUCUCCCUCGUCAGGAAGCACGGCAUCCUUGCUGUCAGAGGCAACCACGAAGAGAACUUACUCUCAAGCCUUAGUACAAAAUGCAUGUCUGGGAAAAAAAGACAGCUUGCACAGACGCUGACAACAGAAGACAUAAAUUUCCUGCAGAACUUGCCAUAUACCAUCACUAUUUCUUCACUCAAUGCUAUCAUUGUACAUGCAGGCCUCAUGCCAGCAGUUCCACUAGCCAAGCAGGAUCCGUAUGCCCUGACAUGUAUGAGAAAUGUAGUGGAAACUAAGCCUGAUGGAUACAGGCCUUACAGUGAGACAGAUAAGGGUGUAGCAUGGGCUUCGGUAUGGCCUGGACCUGAGCAUGUUUAUUAUGGUCAUGAUGCACGGAGGGGAAGGGAUGGAAUACAGAGACAUGAGUAUGCUACAGGGUUGGACACAAGAUGUGUCAAGGGAGGACAGUUGACUGGGAUAUUCUUAGAUGGAGCAAAGGAGCUGUUAAGUGUGCCAGCUAAGAUGAAUUAUUUUAGUGGAUGAAUGUUUCACCAUAUAGCUCUAAAAUCACUUUUUAUAGCACUAUAUUGAUUUUGACUAUGGGUAGGGAAUUGAAAAUCUGAAUUAUUGGAAUUUAUAAACUCUGAAUAAUGAGUAUGGGUCACAAUUUUGUGUUCUUUCGUUCUUGACAUUUAGAAUAAAGAACAAAGAAUCAUAUACUUUAUUUUGUUUUCCUACUAAAUGUCAGGAACCAGAAAUUGUAUGAAAAUCUAUUAUGUCAUU